CCAAGAUCACAGCUACAGUUCAGCUUUCAAACCGCUGCGCAUACUACGACUCUGACAAACGCUCGGCGAACCUCCUUCUUCCUAAGCUUGCCGAAUCCGCAGUCCUCUGAACGUGAUCCGCUCUCACGGAAACCGGCAUCUUCGGACGCGCAUCGCGCACAAGUUGAGCUUCGCGCCUGCUCUGUAAGGCUACCACUUGCGCGCAAAACCUACAUCCACCAUGGCAAACACACACAUCCGGCGGAAAGACACCACCAAGGGGCCGCCUCUACGCAUUCUAUCCCUUGGUACGUCAUUCUGAUUUCCAUGAUGCUCGACGCGCAAUCGCUGACAAGGGUCCCAGAUGGCGGCGGCGUGCGGGGGUACUCGAUGCUUAUCAUCCUCCAGGAACUAAUGCACAGGGCCUUUGUCGAGACUGAAGGGAGAGCACCAAAGCGACACGAAAUUCCGAAACCAUGCGAUCACUUCGAUCUCAUUGCGGGAACAGGCACCGGUGGGCUGAUUGCGAUUAUGCUCGGGCGGUUGAGGAUGGACGUUGAGACCUGCAAGGAUGUAUACGUGCGCAUGACAAGGAAGGUCUUCGAGACAGACAAGACAUUUGCUGGAAUUCCCUACCGUUCGACACUAUUCAAGGCCUCAAAGCUGGAGGAGGCUAUCAUGGAAUGCGUGCGGGAACACACUAUCUACGAUGACGAAGGCAACGACAACCAUGACGGCGUCGCAUCCUCGGCAGACCUCAACUCUCCCAUGACGCCCGGCAGCGCGCUGCAGCAAGGACGUGUGAAUCGAAGCGCCAGCAGCGCCAGCAGAUACAGCCAGAUUGGCAUGACGCCAGUCAACAUGCGCAUAGCCGCCAUGAAGUGGGGCAAUCCACAUGCGCUGCUGUACGACAAUCGCGAGGAGCGCACAAAGACAGCUGUCACAGCCGUCUACAAAGGCACAAAGAAAGCCGGUACUGGCCAGAUCUGGCUUCGAUCCUACGACUCGCGCAAAGAACCCGCAGUAGCACCUAAUGCGACCAUCUGGCAAGCCGGACGUGCAACAGCCGCGACGGCCCUCGCAUUCAAGCCAAUCCAGAUUGGUCAAUCCGUCUUCCUGGACGAAGGAACAGGUAAAUACAACCCUGCACCUAUGGUACUCGAUGAAGCGGUCUGCAACGAAUGGCCUGGUCGCGACAUCGGUGUCUUCAUUAGUAUCGGCACAGGAAAGCGGCCUGAUGGGACAAACAGUCAAGAACAUCUUUGGUGGGAGGGCUUUGUCUCUGGCGGCAUAGGCGAUUUCGCCGAGGCACGACGCAGACUUAUCGCGAAAAUCGAAGGCUGCGAGAAGACACACAAGGAGAUGAAGGACCACCUGGCAAAGCGCCAAGUCAACCCAGAGAACUAUUACCGGCUCAACGUCAACGUUGGCGUAGGCGAGUUUGGCAUGAACGAGUGGAACGCACUGUCCGAGAUCAGCACAAACACCCGCAUGUACCUGGCCGAAAAAGAGGUACAAGCCAUGUCCCUCGAUGCCGCCGCGAAGAUUGCCCGUAUUCAUCGCGCAAAGUUGCGAUGGGAGCGUGCAGAGAAGGGCCAAGAUCCUCUCGCUGCAGCAGCUUCACCACCACCCAACAAACCUCUCCCGACCAUUCCAGACCCAAUCGGUUUCGCAGUCGAACUUCCGGCCGAAGAGCUCACACCCGAAUAUAUAUCAACGAUGCAACAAUCCGACCUGCGACCUGCACCCUUACAACCUCAUCGACCGCAACACUCAGAUAGUAACAAAUACCUAGUUGUAUCCUCCGACGAGUUCCCACAACCCGUAGGAAGCAUCAAUGACAUGCCACACCGGCACUCUGGCGAACUGGUCUCGCCAGGACGAACGUCAGAAGAGCAGUUCUCAACAGAUCGCCCAGUAUCGUUCGCGGGCUCUCCAAGGAUAAGUUUCGAGCCACCACCUCGACCGCCAAAAACGCCUCUGAACGAUGGUAGGGUUCCGCCGCCACUGUCUGGACACCCGGCAUUCAGAACGUCACCAUCGUCGCCCGCACAUAGGACAUCACCGCCUCCUGGUACAGGGUUCGCGCGACCACCGCCUGGUGCGCCGUUACCAUACCCAGACGAUGAUGGGCCACCACCGGUGGUGAACAAAGCGAGCAAACCAGACUACAUGCGAUGAUCAGAUCAUGUCAGCAUAUUGGAAACGAGGAAGAAGAUAUAGAAGUUAUGAGAGGAUGAGGAGGCAUGUAAUGAUGAUAAUGACCACGUUCUUUUGGCAUCUGUGUAUAUCCUUGUGAGGAGUUGGAGUCAUCUUGGAUAGCAAGAUUGAUCGUUGGAGCCUUUUGUACUUUAGAUACCCUUUGAAUUCUUACGACUUUUUGAACUCAAC